UCCCUGCUCGACUUCCCUCACGACCUGACCUCUUCCUCUUUGCUUCAUUAUCUCUUCCUUUCUACACUCACUCACCGAGACCGAGUCUCCUCCCUCUCUGUUCAAUUCUCUAUUUUGUAACUCAACUCUUCAUCUCUCUCUCGGAGGCGGUGCUGUUGCAAUCAGAGAGGAUAAGCUUGUAUUCAGAAAGGAGGAAUCUUUACCCUUGAGCCUGCUCGCAACACUGUUUCAGGGAAAUAGAAAUGGGUUCUUGGGCUACAGCAUCGGCUCUGACAAACAAAUUUAUCCCAUUGUCUGUCUCUAUUACUGAAUCUUCCAUGAACUCCAAAUUGAGCACCAGUUUCCAUAAAUUAUAUAGAAGUAAAAAUAAAGGAAAAUUCAGUCUCUCCUUUUCUAGGGACAAUUAUAAAGUUGAGAGUAAUGGUGAAACCAAAUCAGCCCGAAAAGUAUCUUAUUUGCAAACCUGGAAAAAACAAGGAGCUUGGGAAGAACCAGAUAUUGACAGUGACAGUGACAACGAGUUUGGUGAUGACGAAGAUGAGGAAGUUGAAGAUGAGAACCUUGGAUUUGAAAGUGAUUGGGAAGAGGAAGAGUCAAAGACUUCAGCUAUUACUGAUGUUAGUAUAACUUCAACGGACAAGUAUGAGGAACAAGUUAAGAGAGAGGUUGAACAACUUUUGGAACCUGAAGAAAGAGCAAUAUUGCAACAAAAUGUAACUCCUAACUUGGAAAAAAUAUCGUCUGCAAAAUGGAGCCCGUUGCACUCUCUUGCACUAUCAAUGCAGAUUAGUUGCAUGGAUAAGCUUCUUGAAAACGGACUUGAUAUUGAUUUCCAUAAUAAGGAUGGUCUCAGUGCACUUCAUAAGGCAAUUAUAGGUAAAAAGGAAGCUGUAAUAAGCCAUCUUUUACGGAAAGGUGCAAGUCCUCAUGUUAAGGAUAAGGAUGGAGCUACUCCACUUCAUUAUGCAGUUCAAGUUGGUGCCAAGCAGACUGUGAAAUUAUUGAUCAAGCACAAUGUUGAUGUCAAUGUAGCAGAUAAUGAAGGUUGGACCCCGUUGCACGUAGCCAUCCAAAGCAGAAAUAGAGAUAUAGUGAAAAUUUUGUUAGGCAAUGGUGCAGAUCAGACCAGAAAAAAUAAGGAUGGGAAAACAGCACUGGAUCUAAGCUUAUGUUAUGGGAAAGACUUCAAGUCUUUUGACCUUGCCAGAUUGUUGAAGGUGGUUCCAGCUACCAGAGAUCUAUAAUGUGCGAGAUGUAGUUGACCAGAACUAGUUUAAUGUUUAGUUGAAUGUUAUCUGCUGCUAAUUGCACUUAAAUCCUCUUAGCGUUUGGAGAUCUUAGGCUGAUCUAUUUCAAAAUGAUGAAAUUUUGAUGGAACAGUUCGUUAUGUUCUCUACAUGAUAGCUCUAAUUGACAGCAUAAUCCUGUGAAAACCACACAUUUUGCAGAUUACAAGUCUGAAUAUUGGUGCACUGCAGACAUAACGUGCUUAGCAGAUUACUGAAUUAUCUUAGAUGAGCUGUUCAAGCCAAUGUGAUCUUUCUAUGGAGAAUUGUUUCAACUAAUAACGAAUUAUAUAAUGAGUGCAUAAAAUUUGUAUAAAGAAUUGUAAGAGUAGACAUAGUAAAGAAAUUUUUGUUUCAUGUAAAAGUUGUUUACAAGAUUUAAAUGAUAGAUAUUAUUGGUAUUUGA